GGAUCAGGGAAUCAGACAGUGAUUUGAUAUAAAUCUGUCAUCAGUGCUUUGGAUGGGCUUACUUUCACAGGCUAGCAGUCGCAGACACCACAGGCACUGGGUCUGGCAGCAUGCGCUUAUUGGAGAGCAGCUGGAUGAAGUUUGGACAUGCUGGUAGAGGAACGUAUGACUGGGUCACUGGUGUCCCACCACCACUAGUGGGAAAGCAAUUGCAGGUGGCUACAGUGCAGUUUACAAGUGCAAUUAAGAUGUUUCUAUUACAUAGUCAGCAUUGGAAUGAAUACACCUCAAGCAAUCACUCAGAUACAGAGGUAAUAUUCUACAUCGUCCUUCCCAUCGUCACUCUCCUUUUAAUUGGGAUAAUUGCGUUUCUGUUCUACCAGAGAUGUACUCGGAAAAAAACAAGCCUACAAAAUAUCAUCAUUGUAGACUUCCAAGGAUCGGACCAACAAGCGGAAUUCCUGUCCUCACUGAACAGGGACAACAAGCAGUUUCUCAGCACCAGUGAAGAUCUUUCUGAAGGAAUGUUUCUCAUGGUCUGUCUGCCACCACUGUAUGAAGAAACUAUAAUUAAAACCUCGAGGCCAAGCAGCACUAGCUCUUCCUGUGACCGUGUAUCACCCUGUAAAGUGAACAUAGAGGAUUUGGAGAUUAAAUCAUAGCUUUCAUCAGUGUUUGUCCACAUUUUAUAUUACUGAAACCAGGGACAAAACAUUGCAACAACUGGUGGUGCAAAAGCCUAAUUCUCUAGUCACUCAUGCAUUUCUACUCUGGAGGCUUAGGUUCAGAUCCAGUUUAGGUCCCCAGUUACUGGUGGUCUUAACAAAGCCACAAUACAGAAUGUUAUAAUUAGGCCUUCUCUGCUUAAGAGAGACCCAGGACUAAAUGUCAGGGGUGGGUUAGGUCACUAGCUUUUCUGCUUUUCAUGAUCACUAAAUUAAACAAUACCUUUUUUUUAAAUUUAGUAGUCACCAAUUGAUUUUACCCCAUUUUUUUCCCAAUUUGAAAAAUCCAAUUGUAUUUUAGGCUCUAGGGCGCAUCCUGCACUCCACGCAGACCGCCUUUACCGGAUGAGCCACUUGGGAGUCCAAACAAUACCGUUUCUAAAGUCAGGAAUUGAAGAACAGCUACAUAGUUUGCAAUACUUUUUAUGAUGUCAAAUUGUAAAAAAAAAAAAAAAAAAAAGGUAUUUUCUAUUAUAUUAUUUUCAGUUCUGUAUGUAUCAAAACAUUCUAUAAAUUAAUAUGUUACUUUCUGUUUUCACUGUGAAGUGUUUGGUCUCAGUUUUGAUUUUCUUCUAAGGCUUAAUGAAUGAUGGAUUAAUUCAUAAUAUUAACACCUUUACACAUGUGAUGCACUCCUUCAUGUAUGUUUGCUAAUCUCACCAUGUUUUGUGUUGCAUUGUGGUUAGAUCUGCCAGUAGUUAAUCCUCUGGACAUGGGCAAUCACUUGAGGCAUA